AAUUUUAAUAAAGUAUAGACUAAAUAAUUUAUUCAACUUUAUAACAUUUAUUUUUCAACUUGAAUUUGAAAAAUUUUAGAACAAAAAAAGUAUUCGGUCGUUGAGUUUUUCAAUCUUGUGAUAUAUUAAUAAAUUUUAAUUUGAAUAUUAGAUUAUUUUCCUACAUUCAUUAAUAAGAUAACUAUCAACUAACAGACAUAAAUAAUUUAGUAAAUGUCAGGUACGCAAUUGAUGAACAAAUAAAUAAAACAAAUAAAUUACUAUGCUGUUGUUGCAAGAUUUUUAACGACAGUUGAAUAAUAAGGAUACAAAUUUAUUUAUUUUUCUUUGUUAAAAAAAAAAACGUCAAUAAAUAAUUAUCAGUAACAAUAUUUAAACAGUGAAUAAAUUAAAACGAUAAGAACAAGAUAUAUAUACCUGUAUACAUCUAUGUACACUUGUAGGUUUGUUUAAUGAUUUUCAACGGUUCAAAACUGCAGAGUUGGUACAAUUGUUAAAUUUGCAAGCAAAUUUCGUCUUCGUAACAUUAAAUAUAAUAAAUAUUACACUUGAACGGAUAAAAUAUUUUACAGUAUCAUCAUUCGGAAAGAAAAUUAAAAGAUGCAUUUAUUAAUAGCAUGUUUGAUAGCUCUCAUGGUCAUCAGCCUGUCAGUCCAUUGUAGAGGUAGAUCAGGUCGUUACAUUAAUGAACACAGCGGUGAUUUUAGUUACGGUAACAGUGGUUUUGAUACAAGCAAUUUUAGAAACUUUAACCGUCCCUGGAUAUGGGGGUCCACAGAAGAUGGAGAAAUUAUAAUUGAAUCACUUACGUAUGAGACAUUAGAUGGUGCCUUAAAUGUUAUACGAACUUCUUUUUUUACUGAUGAAAAUAUGAGCAAAGGUUGUGGAUUAUUAUCUGAACCUGGAGCUUCAGAAGAAGUUGAACAAUUGAUAUUAGAAAUUGUCAAAGAUGGCAUUAGUAUUGUUGCAAAAGAUGUUAUUACAAACGAAGUCGUGGGCACUAUUUUCAACAAAUUAUUCAAGCCUCAAACUGGAAAUGAAAUAAGCGAGAUAGAAAUAUUUCGAGAUAAUUUCAAGCACAAAGCGUCAAAAUGCUUCAUAGAUGUGUAUGUAGAUGUUGAAUCCAGAGUGGAUCUUUUUAAACUUUAUAAUGCCAAUUGCACUAUGGAAAUGACGUUUUUAGCAGUUAAUCGGGAUUAUCGACGGAGAGGAAUUGCUGGGUUAUUAGUAUCAUCGUCAUUAGAAUUAGGAAGACAAUUAUACAAAGGAAUGCCUGUAAAAACUCCUGUGAAUAUUGACGGAAAAUCGAUUACUAAUGCCGAUGAUAUUCCUAGUAUUGCUUCAGUGACAAUGACAGCCAAGUAUUCACAAAAAUUGUUAGAUAAAUUUGCCUUUGAUAAAGUUAUUGAAGUCAGUUUUAAUGAAGUUAUGUUCGAGGGUAGAUCACUAAGUGAAAAAAUAGGGAAUACUAAUCAAACUGCUAUAAUUGGUGUAAAAAGUCUUUCUACAAAUUAAUAAAUGAUAUUCUGUUGAUUCAAUUUAUAAAUUUAUUUUGGCUGGUUCUGUUCAUAACUUUCAGGUUAGAAGAUUUUAUUUCAAUAACUCAAUAAGCAAUGGAGUCAAUUGUUAGAAAUCCGACAAAAUGUGAAUGCUACAAUAUAGCUGUAAUCCUAAACACAAUAUUUUUUACAGUGUACACAAAUGUAUGUAUUACUUAUUCAAUUUUUUUGAAAUUAUAAAUUGGGUCAAUAUUGUUUUAUAUAAUUUCUCAUUGACAUUUUCCUCAUUUAAAGAAAAUAACACAAAUAAGUAAUCAUGUUAUUUCAAUUGUAAUUCUCAUAAGUACAGUUGGAAUAGCAAAGAUAUUUUUUUUUUCAACUUGAAAAUGAUACCAAGGAAAAAUGAUUAAAAACAACAUUUCAACAGAUAAGAAUAAGUAUAUAUGCAUAAUAUACCUGUAGAUUUUAUUCAUAACUUACGAUGCUGACAUAAUAGUGUAAUUUGCAAAUAAACAUCGUAUCAGUAAUAAUUAUAAAUCAAUAUUUUUUGUGAAUAGGUAAAUUAUUUUUUUAGUAUUAUAGUUUAAGAAAAACUAUGAAAUGCAAUUAGCAUCGAUAAUAUGUUUGAUAGCUGUGAUGGUCAUCAGACUAUCGGUCUAUUGUAGAGGUAGUUCUUGUGGUGACGUUAAUGAAGACAGCGGUGAUUUUAAUUGCGGUAACGGUGGCUGCGAUGCAAGCAGUUUUGGAAACUUUAAUCGUCCCUGGAUAUGGGGGUCCACAGAAGACGGAGAAAUUAUAUUCGAAUCACUUACGUCUGAGACAUUAGAUGGUGCCUUAAAUGUUAUACGAACUUCUUUUUUUACUGAUGAAAAUAUGUGCAAAGGUUGUGGAUUAUUAUCUGAACUUGGAGCUUCAGAAGAAGUUGAACAAUUGAUAUUAGAAAUUGUCAAAGAUGGCAUUAGUAUUGUUGCAAAAGAUGUUAUUACAAACGAAGUCGUGGGCACUAUUUUCAACAAAUUAUUCACUCCUGGAGAUGGAAGUUUAGUAAGCCAGUUAAAAAAAUGUAGAAAAAAUUUAAAGUACGAAGCAGCAAAAUGCUUCAUAGAUUCGUUUAUCGAUGUUGAAUCAAGAGUGGAUCUUUUUGAACGUUAUAAUGCCGAUUGUAUUAUGGAAAUGACGUUUUUAGCAGCUAGACGGGAUUAUCGACGAAGAGGAAUUGCUGGAUUAUUAGUAUCAUCGUCAAUAAAAUUAGGAAGACAAUUAUACAAAGGAAUGCCUGUAAACAUAUCAGUUAAUAAUGACGGAAAAUCAAUUACCAAUGGUGAUAAUAUUCCUAGUCUUAUUGCAGCGACAAUGUCAUCCAAGUAUUCACAAAAAUUGUUAGAUAAAUUUGCCUUUGUUAAAGUCCUCGAGGUGAGUCUUAAUGAAGUUAUGUUCGAAGGUAUAUCACUCAGUGAAAAAAUAGGAAAUACCAAUCAAACUGCUAUAAUUGGUGUAAAAAGUCUUUAUACAAAUUAG